ACUUCAGACGGGUCCUUACUGUAGAGCACACGUUGUUGAUCAAUGACCCUUCAUCACGAUGAUGAGGAUUGUGUGAGUUGAGCUGCUGAUGUCAGUGCGCGCUCAUGGCGUGUUUCUUCAGGAGGAGCGUCGCGCUGCAGCUCGCGAAGGUUUGUGAGCUGCCUGAAGAUGUGUUUAUACCGCUCAUCUCCGCAGUGCCAGUGUCAAAGAAACAGUCUGCGGCUGAUUUGCGCGUGUCGGUGAACAGUCUGGUGCAGAAUGGAGCCGUGGCUGCUGAUGGAGACCUGCAGACCAAAACACAAGCUCUGGCCGAUCAGAUGAGACGGGAUGCUGUCGUGGAGGAGGUCGUCGCUGGUCGAGGAGUGAUUCACUUCAGAUUAAACAAACUCGUCCUGGCACAGAAAGUCUUAGAGCAGCUGCGUUCAGAUCCGGACGGGUUCGGCGUGAAGAGUGAACUUCUGCGCCAUCUGCGGGGAGGACGGACGCUGGUGGAGUUCAGUUCUCCAAACAUCGCUAAGAAAUUUCAUGCCGGACACCUGCGCUCCACUAUAAUUGGAAACUUCAUUGCCAACCUAAAGAAGGCCUUGGGGAAAGAGGUUAUUCGAGUCAAUUAUUUGGGUGAUUGGGGAAUGCAGUUUGGUCUGUUGGGCGCAGGCUUUGAGCGCUUCGGCUCCCAAGAGAAGCUGAGGAGGCGGCCGCUGGAGCAUCUGUUUGAGGUGUAUGUUCAGGUGAACCGCGAGGCAGAGAGGGAUGAGAGCGUGCGUUCGGCCGCUGCGGAGUUCUUCAGACGUCUGGAGCGGCGCGAGAAUCAGGCCCUGGCGCUCUGGAGACAGUUUCGGGAGAUCACGGUGGACGAAUAUAAAUGCAUCUAUGAGCGUUUAGGAGUUCACUUUGACCAUUACUCUGGAGAGGCGUUUCAUCACCACCAAACCCAGAAUGUGCUGGACAAGCUGAAGACCAGAGGACUCCUAAAGACCACUGAGAAGGGCACGGGUGUGGUGGAUCUGUCCGGGACGGGCGAUAUGUCGUCUUACGCCACACUGGUGCGCAGUGACGGGACGUCUCUCUACAUCACCAGAGACGUUGCAGCAGCACUGUACAGGAAGCAUAGGUUCGGCUUUGAUGAGAUGAUCUAUGUGACAGAUAAGAGUCAGACCAUCCACUUCCAGCAGCUCUUUCAAAUCCUGCAAGCCAUGGGACACCAGUGGGCAGACAGGUGUGUUCAUGUGGCGUUCGGGCUGGUGCAGGGCAUGAGCACGCGGCGAGGGGAGGUGGUGUUCCUGGAGGAUGUGCUGGAGGAGGCGUGCAGCAGGAUGCUCAACAACAUGAGACACUCCAGCACUUCAAAAGAGCUGGAGGAUCCAGAGCAGACGGCAGAGACGGUUGGGAUCAGUGCUUUAAUCAUACAGGACUUUAAAGGGCCGCUGAUGUCUGACUAUAAGUUUGAUUGGGACAAAGUCCUGCAGGCUCAAGGGGACACGGGUGUGUUUCUACAGUACACACACGCCCGACUCUGCAGUUUGUUGAGACGACACGCGAGUGAGACGCAGUCCUGCUGUGACGUCUCUCCUCUGGUGGACGGCAGAAGUGUCUCGCUUCUCCAGCACCUGCUCAGAUAUGAUGAAGUGCUUCUUCAGUCGGCGAAUGAGCUGCAGCCCCGACACCUGGUCAACUACCUCAUGACUCUCAGUCACCUUGCGGCCUCAGCUCAUCGAGAGCUGCCCGUGAAGGGAAGUUCAGCGGCCGUGGCUCAGGCCCGACUGAGUCUGUUCAGCGCCGUCCGUUCGGUUCUGGCCAACGGCAUGAGGAUUCUGGGUAUCACACCGGUGGAGAAAAUGUAAAUUUCUGUUUGUUAAUCUUUAAAUAAAACUCUUUUUCAUU